AACCCGGAGAACUACAAGGAUUUAUCAGAAUACUCGAGUUUAAAUAGUACUAAUACUUCUGUGCGUGGUUUUUAUCUUCAAGUUUAAAUCAAGAUAAAACCACAUUAGUCUCUGUUCCGACCUCGUUCACUCGGAUUAGCCGCAGAGCUAACGAGAGCUAACAACAGCUCAGCACUGAAGCUAAUGUUUAACACUGUGUGGGUUUGUUUUGUGGCUUCAGUGGAUCUGACUAACUCCUGGAAAGAGUAGAAACUGUCGCUUGUUUCAUUCAGUUCACACUGUUUUGGUCUGAAGUCAUGAGGACGAGUGAGUUUGACUCGUCGUCAGAAGACGAGGAGAUCGGCGAGGAGCAGCUGACGCCCUUUCACGUCACCUGGUUACCUCUGUCCAUGGUGGAGUGCUCUCAGUUUCUGGGGAUAUGUGCACUACCAGGUUGCAAAUACAAAGAGAUUCGCAGGAGUCUGCAAAGAGACGUCGAGGAGCUCAAGAACCAGGGCGUCCAGGACGUGUUUGUUUUCUGCACCAGAGGGGAACUCAACAAGUACCGGGUUCCCUCCCUGCUGGACGUCUACCGGCAGCGAGGCCUCACCAUCCACCACACGCCGUUCCUCGACGGAGAUGCUCCUGAGCUGCAGCAGUGCUGCCAGAUCCUCGAGGAGCUGCAGGUCGGCAUCGAGAACAACAGGAGGACGGUGAUCCACUGUUAUGGAGGCCUGGGACGAUCUGGAUUAAUCGCCGCCUGUCUGCUGCUGCAGCUCUCGUCGACGAUGACGGCAAACAAAGCCAUCGAGAUCCUCAGGGAGCACCGAGGAGGAGGAGCGAUACAAACUGUGAAGCAAUACAACUUCCUGCACGAGUUCCGUGAGAAGUACACGGCGUACCAGGAGAGCAGACAGGUUUCCACAGAGCGCUCCGUGUCUCGGUGAUCGCUGCUUCAACACGGGGAAAUAUUAUUGUUUGAUUGUGGGUGUUUAUAACUGCAUUCUCUAAUGACUGCACUUUAACAGAAUACUCUAAUAUAUUGAUUUUCUUCUCCUCAUUGUAAUGGAAUAAAGUCUUAAAUGAGGAAAUCA